AUGGUAGAAGGCGAUGUGGAUAUGACUGGAGCCGAUGCUAACGAAGCUGAAUUGGACGACAUGAAGAAACGGUUGAAGGAAAUUGAGGACGAAGCGGCUGCUCUGCGCGAUAUGCAGGCCAAGGUCGAGAAGGAGAUGGGCUCUGUUCAAGAUCCUGGUGGUUCUGGAGCAUCUCAAGCAAGCAGAGAGGAAGUAGAUUCUCGAUCAGUUUUUGUUGGCAAUGUUGACUACUCGUGUACACCUGAGGAAGUACAGCAGCAUUUCCAGACGUGUGGAACAGUAAAUCGAGUCACUAUUCGCACUGAUAAAUAUGGUCAACCAAAGGGUUACGCUUAUGUGGAAUUCCUCGAGACCGAAGCUGUUCAAGAGGCGCUUCUAUUAAAUGAAACUGAGCUACAUGGCCGACAAUUGAAGGUGACUGCAAAGCGGACUAAUAAACCUGGGAUGAAACAGUUCCGUCCUCGUCGAUCCAAUCCAUAUGCUGGAUUUCCACCGAGGGGUGCAUUUGCAGCUCCCUAUUUCUACCCUGCUUAUGGAUAUGGGAAGAUUCCAAGGUUCAGAAUGCCAGCACGUUACAGCCCUUACAACUGA